AAUUUUUUUAUUUGAUUUCGUUCUUUAAAAAUUUAUAUAUUUUUCUUUUAGACGUUUUUUAUCAAAAAAAGAAAUGAAAAUAUGUCAAUGAAGAGCGUUUCUUCUUGUACAAGCACUGAAAAGUAUAAAAGCAAGCUGUAUACUGAGGUAAAAAUAGAUCAAAAGCCAAUCAUAUAUGAUGAUAUUUACAACAUAUCAUUUUGUGGUUUGGAAAAACUUCAUCCAUUUGAUUCUGGAAAAUGGGGAAAAAUUGUGACAAUCUUAAUCGACAAAGGUUUUAUGCAACGUAAGCAUAUCAUCAAACCAGAAGAGGCAGCAGAGGAAGAUUUACUAUUUGUGCAUACAAAAAGAUACAUCAAUAGUUUGAAGUACAGCUUCAAUGUUGCCAUGAUAACUGAGAUACCACCUGUUUCAUUGGUUCCAAACUUUAUAGUGCAAAGAGUGCUUUUAAAGCGAUUGAGAUAUCAAACUGGUGGCACAGUUUUGGCUGCCAAAGUAGCAAUAGAAAGAGGCUGGUCGAUAAACAUUGGAGGGGGAUUCCAUCAUUGCUCGAGUGACAAUGGUGGUGGCUUCUGUGCAUAUGCUGACAUCACCUUAGCUAUCAAGCUUCUGCUUGAAAAUAAUAAAUCAAUAAAGAAAGUGAUGAUUAUCGACCUGGAUGCUCACCAGGGAAAUGGACACGAGCGCGAUUUUAUGACAGAUGAUAAUGUAUAUAUUAUGGACGUGUAUAACUGUAAUAUAUAUCCCAUGGAUACAUUUGCAAAAGAUGCGAUAAACAAAAAAGUAGAAUUAAGAAGUUUUACAGAUGAUAAGGAUUAUUUAGAUUUAGUUACAAGGAAUAUGAAUGACGCCCUCGAUGAAUUUCAACCAGAUUUUGUGUUGUACAAUGCAGGUACCGACAUAUUGGAAGGUGAUCCACUCGGUGCUCUCAGUGUGACAGGCGAGGGUAUUAUCAAGCGCGAUGAAAUAGUGUUCGAAGCUCUUCGGAGGAGAGACAUACCAAUAACCAUGGUUACAUCUGGAGGCUACCAACGCCGAACUGCUGCAGUGAUAGCCGAGUCGAUUUUAAAUUUGGGGAAAAAAGCAUUAUUAUCCGACCGAACAUCAUAGAAUUUCCUGCUUGUAAAUUUUUAAUUUUUUGUUUUUUAUACAAUACAUUAUUAAUGUUACUUAGAAAUUUAUUCAAUAUAUUUCAUGGUUUGUUAUAUACUUUAAA